AUGUUCAGCAUCUGCGUCCUCGUCAUGUUGCUGCUUUGCAGCGCAUCACUGGCCGCAGAAGAAGCCCGCAUAGGAUACUGCCAGCAAUAUGCCCAGGUGCCGGCUGGAGCCAAGACGGGCGCGACACCAGUUUCUGCAUGCCGAUACGAGAGCUCGACAUGCCCCGAGGGCGUGGACGGGAACCAGGAUGCGAUCCGCGCAUACAAGCCUGCGAUGGCGAACAAGUCGUGCAGCGACUUUUAUCCCAAACCCCGUGGCACGGGCUCCUGGACAAACAUCAAGCUUUGUCAACCACCUUCUACAAAGCUGCUCUUCAGCAGCUCGACAUACAUCAACAAAAAGACUCACGCCAUCAAACGCCGCAUCUUCAACACGAUGCCUCGCCGAGUCGCCUUCGCAGACGGCCCCGAGAUCGCCGUGUGCCUCGAGACGGGCGAGUCGGUGGCGCCGCGCUCCACGCACGAGUUCUCGCGCGACCUCUUCCUGGAACGCGCCAACGACAAGGCCGCGACCGAGGCCGCUGUGAAGAUGCUCGCCGACAAGAUGGCCCGUCUGCGGCUGGAAGACUCGCCAGACGUGGAGAUGUACGACGUCGCCAAUGCGUGCCAGGAAGACGCAGACGCAGACGCAGACGCAUACGGCGCAGACGGAUCGUCCCUGGCCGGCAGCGAGGACCCAAGCUUCGCGAAGCAGGACAAGACUGUCCGCCGCCGGGUCCAGGACGCCGAGAACCGGGCGCUGCGUCUGAGCGCCCGGGCCGUCACCAACGGAUGGCUCGAUUUCGCCCUGUACGUGUGCAGGACGGGCUCGAGGAUGCACAAGAACCUCCUCGCCCUCCAGGUGAAGUACGGCGACAGCGGCAGGAUCGGGAGCUACGGCGGGGACGAGAUGUCGUUUGCCAUUUCCGGGGGGAAAGGGGUCGUGAGCCAGUUGCCGUGGUACACGGACUAUACCACGGCCAUGUCGGCGGAACGGACCUGGGAGGUACUGGUUGGGGAGUAG